GUCCUCACUGAGCUGAGAGUCGCAGACAAGUCAAGUCAACCCAAUAACAGACAUUUUGGUUCUGUCUCGUUUCAAUCAAGGAUAUUUAAAAGCGUGUCAACCCUGGGUCACUGAAAUGGAUCACUAUUCAGAUCAGGGUUGUGAAGGGUUAGAUCUGCUCGAUUUGCUCUUCGAUAAGAAUGACGGUAUCUUACGGCAUGAGGACACGGGACUACAAAAGGAUCAGCUUUGGCCUGUUCAAGAUCCUCACAUGACGAUGCCUGCCCAAGGUAGCAAGGACUUCUACAACGCAAUUCUAGGUGGGUCUGAUUCUGUGUACGGGUCUCCGGUUUGGUCGCCCUCUCCAAGUGACAGCGGAAUCAGCGAGGACCCUCCUUCGGAUCACAUCGACAGCCCCCCUCCCACUGGAAGCCCCCCCACGGGUACCCGCUUUGUCGCAUCCCAGACGCGGCCAGACCAGGGCCUUGAAACCAUCAUUCCAUUCGAUCAGAAUGGCUGGGAGACUGGCUUCUUCUCAAACCAGCUGGGAGGGAUGCAGCGGGUAUCAGAAGCACCGCAGGUGACACCGGCCACCGGAUUCCCCCUCACUGUCAAGGACCUGCUGCUAUCUGGCACACCAGAACCCCCCACAAAGGCGUCCCAGCAGUCCUACCAAGAGCUGGUUCUUACGGAAGAUGAGAAACGACUUCUCGCCAAGGAAGGAGUCGCGCUGCCAAGCCAGUUCCCGCUCACCAAGUACGAGGAAAGGAUUCUGAAGAAAAUUCGCAGGAAGAUUCGCAACAAGCAGUCAGCCCAAGAGAGCCGGAAAAAGAAGAAAGAGUACACCGAUGGCCUGGAAAGCAGGAUGGCCUCGUGCAAUGCUCAGAAUGAGGAGCUGCAGAGGAAAGUCUUCCAGCUGGAGAAAUGUAACACGUCUCUGAUGGAACAGUUGCGGAGGCUCCGGGCGCUGGUCAUGAACGGAUCCAAAAAACCGGCCCAGACCGGGGCUUGUGUGCUGGUUCUGCUUCUCUCUUUUACCCUGAUUCUCCUGCCCAGUCUGAAGCCCUUCACAGAUACCAAGGUCAGCCAGCAUGGAGACUUUAGCCCACUGAGAGUUCAAUCCAGAUCCCUGCACGACCUUCAGUCCUCUCGCGCGUUGCGCUCCCUGGAACAUCCAUACUCGGUGGUGGAAGACCUUCCUCGCUUCUCUGGGGACAAAAGGAUAGAGGAGAUAUCAUCUGUUCUGGGAGAACUUCGCAGGAGAGCGGGAUAUAGCAAUUACGACCCCGAAUCUCACAACCACAGUCUUGACCAGCAUGAGGACUAUUAUGAUGGAGACCCCAUCACCGGGCAUGUGGCAACAAUGACCUUGAGUCCUCGCCGUGGCUCAAGGCGGAGUCCACACGCGGAUGAUAUGUGAAGGGCAGAGAGGGAUUUAUCCAGGGAUUUGUCAAAACUCCUUCAACAGCGCUUUUAGGAGAGAUUUCACCUCACAUGGCUGGAGGCUCUUUUUAUUUCUUUUAUUUUAUUUUUUGCUGAACUAAUCUUGUAGACUUUUUAGACUUUAUAAACUUAUUACAUAUGCCUCCCAUACAUAAUAAUUUCCUUUUUUUUUUUUUUCUUCUUACAAAUAUGUAUUUUCUUUUUUUUAACCUUGUAAACCUUAUGGAACUGUCCAUUUUAUUUUAGAAGUGGGGUCCAAAAGAAACAUUACAAAAUAUAAAACUGUUGUAAAUUUUUUCAAAAUCAAUACAAAUAUUACAUUACAAAUGAUAUUAGCAUGCAGAAUGACAAUUUGGAGUAAAAAAUUAUUAAUCUUAAUAAUUAUAAAUUUUAUAACGUCUUGUAGUAUUUCCCAGAACAUGCUUCAAAGGAUUUUUUUUAAAUGUUAACAUGGUCAGUGGCACAAAUGACUUAAUUCUGUUAAAUAUUAAGUUUAAAGGAACAAAACCCCCAGAUUUUUCAAUGUGGUUUUACACUUAUGGACCUCACAGUAUGUUAUAAGAUUGAUCAACAGCAAUAUAGCUUUAAAUUUCACAUAUCGAAUCCUUGAUCUCUGCAAGUUUUCUGUAAAAAACUGUCUUGUUCAUGGGCAUAGAAAGCCCAAAUAAAUGUUUUAUGACCUGA